AGCCGGGCCCGACCUAGACGCGGGCAGCGCCGGGACUCGCCGCCGCCGCGGGACUCUGGCAGCCCCGCAGCCCCGCAGCGCUACGGCUCCUCCUCCUCUCAAGACCGCCCUCCGCAGCGAUGGACGGAGACGGUGAACCAGAGAGCGUGGGCCAGCCGGAGGAGGUGAGCCCGGAGGGGCAGCAGGAGGAGGCGGGCGCGCAGGAGGCGAGCGCCGGGGAGGAGCGGCCCGAGGAGGAGGAGGAGGCGGAGGAGGCGGAGGAGGCGGAGGCGGCGGCGGCGGCGGCGGCGGCGGAGGCGGAGGCGGCCGCGUACCUGGCCGAGCUGCCCGAGCCGCUGCUGCUGCGCGUGCUGGCCGAGCUGCCAGCCGCCCAGCUGGUGCAGGCCUGCCGCCUGGUGUGCCUGCGCUGGAAGGAGCUGGUGGACGGCGCCCCCCUCUGGUUGCUCAAGUGCCAGCAGGAGGGGCUGGUGCCCGAGGGCGGCGCCGAGGACGAGCGCGACCACUGGCAGCAGUUCUACUUCCUGAGCAAGCGGCGGCGCAACCUGCUGCGCAAUCCGUGCGGGGAAGAGGACCUGGAGGGCUGGUGCGACGUGGAGCACGGUGGGGACGGCUGGAGGGUGGAGGACCUGCCCGGAGACUGUGGGGUGGAAUUCAUCCACGAUGAGAGCGUCAAGAAGUACUUCGCCUCCUCCUUUGAGUGGUGUCGCAAAGCGCAGGUUGUUGACCUGCAGGCCGAGGGCUACUGGGAGGAGCUGCUGGACACCACUCAGCCGGCCAUCGUGGCGAAGGACUGGUACUCGGGCCGCGGCGACGCCGGCUGCCUGUACGAGCUCACCGUGAAGCUGCUGUCGGAGCACGAGGACGUGCUGGCCGAGUUCAGCAGCGGGCAGGUGGCCGUGCCCCCAGACAGCGACGAAGCGGGCUGGAUCCAGAUCUCGCACACCUUCACCGACUAUGGGCCCGGCCUCCGCUUUGUCCGCUUCGAGCACGGGGGUCAGGACUCCGUCUACUGGAAGGGCUGGUUCGGGGCCCGGGUGACCAACAGCAGUGUGUGGGUGGAGCCCUGAGUGACCCCCUUUCUCCAACCUCACCCGCCUUGGAGGGGCAGAGGUCUGGGGUACAUAGGUCUUAGUCGGUAGCAUCCUCACUUUUACCAUCCUCACCCCCCACUUCUCUCUUGCCCCAUACUCCAAGCCCAGCCCCCACACUGGGAAGGAGGGGUUUUGUUGGCACAUAUUUGCAUCUGGAAAAUAAGAUGGGUGAGGGUAUGGGCCUGGGCUGGGCCCACCGCUGAACCUCCUGCACCUAGUACCGUGCCUGCCACAAAGUGGGCGCUUAAUAAAUAUUAUUUGUCCAAGGAAGGAAUGAAUG